AGGGUAGUACGCGUGCGUCUGAGCUGAUUGGCUUCUGAAUGGGGAUUUCGGGCGCGCGCACUCUCUGAUUGGUUACCGUUCUGCACACGGGGGCGAUGCGCAGAGUCAGCGCUGUAGUGCAGCGGUGCGGGAGGAGCGUGCGGCGUGUUUCCGAUCCUGUGUAUUCCACAGGGAGCGACGGAUCGGCAGUAGGGGAGCGGGCGGUUAAAAAAAACACGGCGAUGGAAGCCGAGUUUCGGGAAAUUGAUGAAUUCGGGAACUGGAACGCCAUUUACCAGGAAAUCAGACAACAGUCAAGUGAACUGCCCUGCAAGAUUGCCAAACUUCCAGAGAACAGAAGCCGCAAUCGCUACAGAGAUGUCAGCCCAUUCGACCACAGUCGAAUUCAUCUACAGCUCGGCAGCAGUGACUACAUCAAUGCCAGCAUGAUCUCCAUGGAGGAGGCACAGAGAAGCUACAUUCUCACUCAGGGUCCUUUGCCUAACACAUGUGGGCAUUUCUGGGAGAUGGUGUGGGAGCAGAGGAGUCGUGGAGUUGUCAUGCUGAACCGUGUCAUAGAGAAGGGAUCGGUGAAAUGUGCACAGUACUGGCCACAGAGGGAGGAGCGGGAAGCCAUUUUCGAGGACACAAACUUCAAGCUGACUCUUGUUUCAGAGGACGUGAAAUCAUACUACACAGUCCGGCAGCUAGAGCUGGAGAAUCUUUCAACUCAGGAAACCAGGGAGAUUCUUCAUUUUCACUAUACCACCUGGCCUGACUUUGGUGUGCCCGAGUCUCCUGCCUCUUUCCUCAACUUCCUGUUCAAGGUGCGAGAGUCAGGCUGUCUAAACUCAGAUCAAGGGCCUGUAGUGGUCCACUGCAGCGCUGGCAUCGGUCGCUCUGGAACCUUCUGCCUUGUAGAUACCUGCCUCCGGUUGAUGUCUUUGCGGAAAGACCCGUCCUCAGUCCAGAUCAAGGAUGUUCUCCUGGAGAUGAGGCGGUACAGAAUGGGUCUGAUCCAAACAGCAGACCAGCUCCGAUUCUCCUACCUCGCCGUUAUAGAGGGUGCUAAGUGCAUCAUGGGAGACGCCUCUAUCCAGGAGUCAUGGAAGGAGUUGUCAAAUGAGGAAGAUCCUCCUCCAGAGUUCACUCCCCCUCCUAGGCCACGUCCACCAAAGCCCCCCUACAAUGGUCCCCAGUCCACACCCCAGUUUUUUCCUGAGCACGAAGUUGUACAGGCCAACAAUGUCAUCUACACAAACAGUGCUUCAGAGUCGGAGAUACGAAGACGGACGGUGGUGCCGGUGGCGGCUUCAGCAUCAGCAGCGCUUGAGACGCCGACAUUGCCUGCCGAUGAGCCUGAUGAUGCCAACUCUUCAAAGCCAAGCGAACCAGUCACCAUGACGACAGAACCUCCACCUAAACCAUCACGGUCACCACCAGAGAAGAGGCCUGAGGGACAGAGAAGCUCCCUGCUCACUAGCAUGUGUGUGUUCACCAUGCUCGCUCUGGGAACAUACAUCUGUUACCGCUCCUACUUUCACUGAUUCUCUCUUUCUUUCACUGUCUCUCACUCUCUCUCUCUCUGUCUGUCUGUCUUCCUGCCUCUUUCUCUCUCUCUCUCCCCCCUUUUUUCUGUGGUUAGUGUGAGAGUGGGCAAAUAGGUUCUACUGGCCAGCCAGCUCUCUCUACAUUCUUUAAAAAAAUGUUAGAGAAUAAAAAACAGGAGAGAGAAAGAGAGAGAGAGAUUUGUGAGGGCCAGACACCUGCCAUCAAGCGCUGUCACUGUUUGUUUCAAAAAAAAUAUCCCCACUUUUCCGUACACAGUUUGGGGAAGGAUGUAGAGAAAAGACUUUCUUAGGCAAACUGCUGUUGUUUUUAACCUUAUUACAUGACACAAACACACAACACCACACAAGCAAUCUGUCUGUUUAAUAGCUCAGGGCCUCACAUUUCAGGUGUCCCCCAAAUGACAUCCAGGUUUUACUUAUCCAAAUAAACCCUUUUAUUAUUGCUGCAAUAAGCAAGGGAAUGUCUGUGUCUCUACUGUGUGUGUGUAUAGAGAAUGUUUGUUUUUGUGUCAGAGUAAUGGGUUGUGUGAAUACAUGUUUGUGUCACAGUUAAAGUCAGCGUUUUGGGGAAUCAGUGCAGUUUGAGUACACCUUAACUGCCACAUGUGGACUCCAGUGGAUUUGGCAAUCUGUUUAACCUUCCCAAAUAUCCAGUGUUGUUUUUUUUUCCCCCCUUCCUCACCUUGCUAAGCUUUAAUGAUGCCCUUUGCAGAGCUACAAAAGUUGUGUGUUUGUGUGUGUAUACAAGUGGGGAGUGGAGGGAGUGGUAUCGAGUCCACUCUGAAAGCAAUCUUGCCGUUUAUGAAAUAAAGGAUUGUUCUUCCUGCCCAACUGCAAGGGCUAACAAUUUGCACUUAGCCUGUUUUUAAAAAAGAAAAAGAAAUGUCAUAAUUGAAUUAUCUUGAUCAAAGAUAAGACACCAGCGUGUCCAUUCUACUCAUGUGCAUGGAUUUGCUUUAGCGCUUACAGAAACUUGUGGAAUGUGUUUUGGUUCCGUUGGUUUUGCUUCCAUUUUUACAACUUGUUUAUUUUCCAUCUGUCUUGUAAGCGUUUGAUCAACAUAUUCAGGGACUUUGACCUUGUUUGUAUGCUGUAGUCUAACUCCCUGAAAGCUUUUCUGGCUUAGACCCAUGUAAUGUAUUGGGAAGGGAGACAGAAAGGAUGUUCUGAACGUUACUUCAAUGUUGUUUCAAGGUUAUGACUCUCUAACCUUUGCAGGCCGCGUUUACGCACAACACCACCAGGUCCUCCUGUGAGGAUGCGUCCUGGCUUGAACCCAUUUCCAGUUCAGUGGUUGAAUUCAUAGCAUGCUGGAGGUAGCAUAAAAAUCAUUUAGCCACCAGGAGGCAACACUGCAUUAGGCUCAUCAGAAAAAGCAUCUUUUUAAGGGUUUGGUCAUCAUUUCCUUAUUUUCUUGCUCCUUCCCUAGCAAUAUGUAAAUCCAUCUUGAAUGUUCGUGUCUUUAGAAAUGGCUGUUUUUGGGAUGCAGCUUGUAGUUUGUAAUGGCAGCUGUGACGUCUGGUUCCUUCACCAAACGCCAACAUGGAUAAUUGAUUUUUAUUUUUUCUCCUGCUUGAGAUCCCGAUUUCUAAUUCCGUGUUUUGUUCUUUGUGACAACUUUUGGAUUUUAUGAAAGCCAUUUAGUAAUUUGUGUCAUUUGUAAACUCCAAAAAACUUAAAAUGAACGAAUGAAUGAAUAAAAUAAAUAUGACAAAACAUUCUUGUUCUGAGAGUAACAUGCUUUGGUCAUUCCUGACGUUUUGUGCUCAGCUGUUUGGCUAAGAUAGAUCAUUUCUGCUCAUAGAUGGUUAAAAAGGAACAGUGGUUUCAGAGAGUUAAGGGUGGGGUUUGUUUCUUGUCGGCAUCUUCAUCCAGGACUAUAAUAACAACCUUAAUUUCUCAUGUAGGUUCUUAAUAAACUAGUGGUUAGAUAAUAAUGGAUUUUAGGUUUAUCAGGAUGCUUUAGGUUUUUUUUUUUAAAUCUGGUAAAGAUACAUGUGAUCAGGUGUAGGGAUUAAUGGCUUUGUUGCUAUCUUAGAUUUUUCUAAUAAAGAUUAAUGAGUUAAAUUUAUUUUCCUUCACAGUGGAGCAUAACCACGGAACAGACACCAAAAUUCAAAUGUAUGCAUAUACCUCUUUAUAUGUUUUCUAUGUUGAAACCUUGGAAUAGACCUUAAAUGACUGAAUGAAAGUUUGCAUGGGUUAAAACAGGAGUCUAAUUGGUUUAGACUUAAAUAUUUUUUCUAUUUUCUUAGCCUUUUGUAAUUCUACUGCCUCGUUAUAAUCAAUAUAAUUAGACUUUUGAUUGUAUUUCACCUUCCUGCUGGGGGAAAAACAUCAGUUUUGCUCAUCCAAUGCAAUUCUACUUUGGCUUUUGUGGUUUGAGUCUUAAGGUCCAGUUAAUUCUAGUCAGGUUACACAAUUCUCAGUUUUUUUUGUUCUGUCUAGAACAUCUAAAAUGUAAUAACCUCUUUAUGGACAUCCUCAUUUCACUACCUGUUAAUAUAAGUUGCUUGGUGCCAGAUACAUCAAUUGUGUGUUUUUGUGUGUAUGCCAAUGUGUGAUGUAUUUUUCGACUGGCAGAAUCUUAAAAAAAAAAAAAAAAAAAAAAAAUCUUACCCUUCAUAUGGAAGGCCUCACUGUUUUUGUUUUCCAUUUCCUUCUCACCUCCUUUUUGGCAUCUAUUUUAUAUCAUAAUCCAUCUUUUUUGUAAUGAAAAAGGACUACUGCUUUGUUGUGGAUGGAUCUGAUUUGCAUUGGAUAUUUGUUUUUAUUUUCAGACUGAUAGACAAACACUGUGGUAAUAAAAUCAUAAGUCUUA